AUGGGAUGGGUGGAGCCAGAGGCUGCGGAGCAACGGCCAGGAGUCACGGGCUUUCCGAUCGAUUCGUUACCAGAAGAGUCAGUCAGGCGUAAAAGGCGCGUAGAAAAUGACUCAAACGGCUCGGUUUCGUCGCGCGCUUCGUCUGCCAAUAGUGCGAACAGCGAAACCAACACUCCCAUCCACUUAAAACUCGCGCUCAAGACGGAGCUGACUGACGAAGUACGACGUGAAUCAAGCAUAAGACGAUCUAGUAGAAAUCACUCACAACUCAACUACUACGAGCAGGCCAAAAUGGACAUGGGAAUAGAUGGAAAUGUUCCCGAGUCGCCGUCGCGAAGUGUAACUUCAACGCUUAGGUCUCAAGGGACCAACGGAACAGAUGAUAAUCAAAAAAACGGAUCAAGAUCUGUCAAGGUACGCAUUUCUCGUCGUCGAGAAGGCACAGACAACUCUCCAGUGCAACCCAAGAUCGAGCCUGACGUGGUCGAAGAUCUCUCAAUAGGCGAAUCCAAGUCCCAAAUCAUCAAUAACGACUACUGCGCUGCAUGCGGUGGCCAAGGAAAUUUUGUGUGUUGCGAAUCGUGCCCACGGUCGUUUCAUUUUACUUGUGUGGACCCUCCUCUGGAUGACAGCUUGCUGCCCGACGGGGCGUGGUACUGCCGACAGUGUGAAGCGAGAAGAAAACCACCGAUCCCGUAUGAAAAAUCGCUUUUUAGCGAGCUCCUGAACUUCCUGGACCGCACAAACCCGCGUCAGUUCAGACUACCCACUGGCCUGCAGACAUUUUUUGAGGGCGUUGGUGUGUCGCCCGACGGAACCUAUAUCGAUGAAACUAUGCUGCCUUCCAAAAAACCUAAGGACAUGGACGAGUCAAAACGUUUGGAAGAUAAGAAUGGGGAUAUUAUAAUCUGUUGCAAGUGCCUCAACACCGCCCUCCAAGGCCCAAUGAUAACUUGUGAUAAAUGCCAGACAGUUUGGCAUGUUGACUGUAUAGACCCCCCAGUGCAAAGUAUACCCAACCGGUGGAUAUGCCCCAACCAUCCUGAGAAGGCUGCCUCCUUACGACGCCGUCCAAGGAAGCCUGUUAUUGUUGAGUCGAAUCUAAAACGCGGCCUGAAGAACGACGGCCUCAUCGAAGUGGCUGAGGAAGAUGGAGAAUACGGACCGGUUCGACAAAUACCAUUCUUCAACGUAUACAAUACCUCAUCUGGAUUUGCCGCUCCUGUGAUCAAGAAAAGGGUUCAGAAAGUCAUUGAGGGUGAAGAUGGCGUCAUUUACAAACUACCUGCACAAGCCAUCAAACUUGACUUUAUAGAACUCGUGCGCAAGCAGAGAGAGAUGCUUUAUCCAGAAACAAAGGAACAGCGUCUGCUGGUAGCUCUAGAUGAGAUUGCCGCAAAGCCUGACGCUGAGCGCGAGGCAGUGCGUGAUCUGAUGUACCUCAAACUUCAGGGUCCAGCAACUUCUGCAGCUCAGGCUCAUGAAAAUUUGCUGAAAAUUGCCGAAGCUGCUGUUCGUGCUGACGACGAUGCUCAGUACGCAGCAAUCAAACGUUUGAUCGAAAUCAAGGGUAGAGACAAGCUGAUGGCGUUUUUGACAUCACCAUAG